GCGGCCGUGCUGCAGGACACGCCCCGUUCUAUCGAAGUGGAUUGUGGGGAGAGCGGAGAGCGGAGUCCGGGCCCAGCAGCCGCCGGCAUGUAUUGAGGGCUGAGCGGAACGGAGACCAUGAGCUGGAGCCUGAUUGCCGCCCUGUCCCUGCUCAGCGCUGUCGGCACAAGAGCCGCCAUCGUGUUCACCAAACAGCCAUCUUCCCAGGAUGCAUUGCAUGGCCGCAGCGCCUUCCUGCGCUGUGAGGUGGAGGACCAAGCAGAUGUGCAGUUUCGGUGGCUACACAACGGGAUCCCGGUGAAGGACACGGAGCGGCGAUACCAUGAAGGCGGCAGUCUGACAAUCACGUCCGUGGACAGGAGGCUGGAUGGGGGAAACUUCCAGUGCGUGGCUCGGAAUCCGAGUACUGGCGAAGAGGAGAAGAGUCUUAACGCCUCUUUCAAUAUUAAAUGGAUAGAGAGCGGGGCAGUGUCCUUGCAGGAUCCAGCCAGUGUCAGUGACAUCCAGAACCUCUCACCAGUCACUCUGCGCUGUCACAUAGAUGGACAUCCGCGGCCCCUUUGUCAGUGGUUCAGAGACGCGGCAGCAUUGACUGAUAACGGACAGUCGUAUUCUGUAAAUAACAAAGAGCGAACACUAACUCUACACCGAGCGGGACCGGAUGAUAGCGGCGAGUAUUACUGCUGUGCGCACAACGCUGCAGGAACAGUUUGCAGUAACCGGAACUUCACACUAAACAUCAUUGAUGAGAGUUUUCCCCAAGCUGAAGUUAUUCCGGAGGAUCAGAUUGUUAAUAAGAGUGAAGACGCUUUAUUUCACUGUAGAUUCAGUGCCACCCCGCCCCCUGUUCUGGAGUGGUUCUUCAAUGACAGCACCCCAUUGACCAAUAAGAAUCGCAUCACAGUGUUCAGCAAUGGCUCUCUACUGAUCAGUUCUGUGAAACCGCGUAGUACUGGCACUUAUAGCUGUGUGGGCACCGGACAGACAGGGAAGAAGGUGGUGCUCAAGGCCAAACUCAGCCUGGCUGAUAUAGAGGACAUACACCCUCUAACUUCGCGGGUUCUAACUGCAGACACCAUUCAGCGCAUCUCAUGUGAACAGCCACGGGGUCUGCCUCCACCUACUCUGUGGUGGACAAGGCAUGGGCAACGUGUUCCCACACAGGACAGGGUUUACCAGGAUGGUAAUGAAUUGGUUUUCAACCCUAUAACAGAAAAGGACAGCGGCAUUUACACCUGCCAUGCUGCUAACAUAGCCGGGGAGCGCAAGCAGGAUGUGACAGUCACAGUGGCAACUGUUCCAGAAUGGAUUGAAAAGCCUCAGGACACUGGGAUGGACGAAGGGAAGUCGGGGUUUCUCCACUGUCACAGCAAAUCUUCUCUGGAGCCCAGUGUGACCUGGUAUCGCAAUGGCAUCCCCAUCUCCAAGGACUCGCGAUUUCAGGUGUUCCAGAACGGGACUCUGAAGAUAGUGACUGUAGAGGUGUAUGACGGGACUGUGUACAUGUGUGUGAGCAGCACCCCUGCCGGGAGCAUAGAGGCUCAGGCCCGCGUCCAUGUACAAGAGAACUUGAAGUUUACUCCACCCCCCCAGUCACAGCAGUGCAUUGAGCUGGAUAAAGAGGUUACUGUACAUUGCUCUGCAACAGGCCGGGAAAAGCCCACAAUACAGUGGGUGAAAGCAGAUGGAGGUAAUUUACCUGCUCAUGUGCAUUCUGAAGCUGGGCUCUUGAACUUUCGCAGAGUGAGCCGAAGUGAUGCUGGGAAUUAUACUUGUAUUGCCUCCAACAGCCUGCAGGGGGAGAUAAAAGCUUCUGUCAAUCUCACAGUAGCAGUCUCUAUCAGCUUCAAGAUUAUCCCGGAGAACACAACGGUUUACCAUGGGAACCCUGCGAUCCUGCACUGCCAGGCUACCGGUGAUCCCGUCCCGCGUAUUCAGUGGAGAGGACCGGAGGGCAUGUUGGAUGGCACCAAGUCAUAUCCUAGGAUUCAGAUCAUGCCGAAUAGCUCCCUGGUUAUCUACCAUGUGUCCAGCAAGGAUUCUGGGAAAUACACCUGUAUUGCUGGGAACGUGUGUAACAACAUUGUGCACCGCGACACCUUCCUCUACGUUGUAGAAAAGCCUAAUGAGAGAUCAGAAUCUGAGACCAGCACCCCAUACAAAAUGAUCCAGACUAUUGGCCUGUCGGUGGGAGCAGCGGUGGCUUAUAUCAUCAUCGUUCUGGGACUCAUGUUCUACUGCAAAAAACGAAGGAAAGCAAAAAGAAUGUGCAAGAAUGAGGGUGAAGAGCCAGAGAUGGAGUGUCUGAAUGGCGUCGCUACACUUCAGAAUGGGCAGACUACAGCGGAGAUCCAAGAGGAGGUACCACUGACCACACUGGGAAACAAGAGGCUGAGUUCUGGUGACAAGAUCAACUUUCCCCGCUCUGGCUUGCACCCAAUCACUACGCUGGGCCGUGGUGAGUUCGGUGAGGUGUUCCUAGCCAAGGCUCAGGGGAUUGACUCUGGGGCAAAAGAUGCCGUGGUUCUUGUGAAGACUUUGCAGACCCGCGAUGAGCAGUUACAGAUGGACUUCAGGAGGGAACUAGACAUGUUUUCCAAACUCAACCACAAUAACGUUGUGCGUUUGCUUGGCCAGUGUCGUGAAGCUGAGCCUCACUACAUGAUACUGGAAUACGUGGACCUUGGAGAUCUGAAGCAGUUCUUGCGCAUCUCGAAGAGCAAAGAUGAGAAAUUGAAGGCUCUCAGCACCAAACAGAAGGUGUCGCUGUGCUCACAGGUAGCUCAGGGAAUGGAACAUUUGUCCAACAGUCGCUUUGUACACAAGGACUUGGCUGCUCGGAACUGUCUUGUUAGUGCCCAGCGUGUAGUGAAAGUGUCCGCCUUGGGGCUUAACAAGGAUGUGUACAACAGUGAAUACUACCACCUCCGCCAAGCUUGGGUGCCUCUACGCUGGAUGCCUCCUGAAGCUGUGCAAGAUGAUGACUUCUCCACCAAAUCUGAUGUCUGGUCCUUUGGGGUGUUAAUGUGGGAGGUCUUUACUCUGGGGGAGCUUCCGUAUACAGCCAUGCCUGAUGAUGAAGUGCUGAACGGUUUACAGAGUGGCUCUCUGAAACUUUCUGCCCCCGAGAACUGUUCCUCCCGCUUCUACAAACUGAUGCAACGCUGCUGGGCUUCCAGCCCCAAAGAUCGCCCGUCAUUCAGUGACAUUGUCAACAGGCUUGGCGAUGCCCCCACGGACAGCAAAAUGUGAGGUUGGGGCAGCCUCCAAUGUGCACCCUCAGGAACAAGCACAAGUAAUGAACAGACAUUGUAUAGCUGCAAUAUAGGUACAAUGCCCCCAACUGGUGCUGCAGUGGGCAACUACGGACCUCUGAGGGGGGAGAUUGUUCCUUCCACGUGUUUCAGUCAAAGCACAAAUGCAUCCCCACCCCCAACAGGGUACUAUUUGUUACAUAUAUGUACAUACAGCAAUCUGAUCUUUAACACUAAUGAUGCAUGUAUGUACAUACAGCACUCUCGUCAUUAACACUAAUGUUACAUGUAUGUUCAUACGCAGUCUGGUCAUUAACACUAAUGUUACGUGUCUACUAGAAACAGAUAUUUAUUCACUUUUUUUUUAAUGUUUAACGUCAUGAGUCGAUCGGAACAGAAACUGCCUCCGGGUUCCCACUCCUUCACUAGGAUCCACAACUCCUGUUCCGGGCCGCACUGCUGGUGUUUGAUGGAUGUCUGGUGGCAGCUUAGGUUUUAAUUCUGCAAUACAGCCCCAAAGCCUAGUAAUCUCAGCACAUUUACUGCAAUGGGGACUAAUAAUCACAAUUCCUGUGAGGGUUUGUAAAGUAGGAAAGUACUGUGGAUCUAGAACCUCUAAAAUAGGGGCCAAAUUCAUUUACCAGAACGGCUGCACCACCCACGGGAGUAAAACUAUAUAAUAAUUCCAGAAUAACUGCACCUCUUACUAUAGAGUUCUAAUAUGUAAACUUCAAUUUUAUAUACAUUGAAAAUGGUCUAGUAUACCUUACGAAAACCAAACCGAGGUCGUUUCACACCCCCAGGCCAGUUUUUGUUCUCUCCGAACUCAUAACUUGUUGUGUUUUGUAUUCUGUAUUGUAAAGCACAGAGUCUUCCGUGUAAUCUGCACCCCUCACACUUAAGUGCCUGUGUAAUGAAGGAUUUCUCUGGCAAUAUAAUUCAGCCUUAAUAUGUUCAAAUGCAGGACUGUCUUUAUUUUGUAUUAUCCAGUGAGGUUUUUGUUUUUUUUACAGAUUUUAAUUUGUAUUUGGUUACAAAUUGUAGAUUUUUUUUGUUUUUGUAUUUUUUGGGCUGUUUUUAUUGCUCAAACUGCUGUUUUUUUAUUUGGUGGUUUUCUUAAAUAGGUUGCACCCAAUAAAAUGAUGGCCUUUUUGUACAUUA